UCGUACCCGGAAGGAAAAGACUAAAACAAGCGACUCCGUUUACAGGCUGACAGUGAGCUGUGCGCUCCAACACUGUGUUCGUGUUCGUGAAGGCUGACAGAGCGAUGGAGCAGAGGAACCUGGAGCAGGAGGUUAAAGACCAGUUCAACGAUGUGGUUUCCAGACUGCAGUCCAAGCAGUUCUUCCAGUCCGAAUGGGACAUCGCCUCUUUUGCAGUCUUCUUCAUCUUCAUCGGCAUGGUUCUGCUGCUGGUCAUCCUAGUCCUCAUCCGCUGCUGCUGCUGCUGCUGCUGUGAUGACGACAAGCCUCGCAGACGGAAGGUCGGCAUCGACAACAUGGGUAUGGAGCUCUGACAGCUGAACUGCGCUCAUCAAGUAUUGUGACGGCUGAUGAAGCGGGAAGCAGAGCCUCGUAGCAGACUCCUGUGCCAAAGCAGAAGCUUUGAUUUUACUGUCUGUAAAAUCGACCAGAUUUAGUCUACCUGCACACUGAAUGAAUUGUUGCUCGCAAGCUCUUUGCUACCCAGAUAUGGAAAUCCAGCACACAUGAUCUUGUUGUCACUGCUAUGUGGGGUUUGUUAUUGCUAGGAUACAACAGAAGAGCUGGAGAGCCUCAGCUGUCUGUGUUUUAAUGCCUCUGUAGAUUUUAAUGUCACUGUUGCUGAUUUUAUUUGUCGAAAUGAUGAAGUUUCAUGGUUUUACUAAGCAAUAAAUACAGAAAAGUAAUAAAAAUGUAAUCUUUGCUCGAUCGAUGUGUCGUGCA